GCCUGGACAGAGAUGCACACAGAGGAAAAAGAAAGAGAGAGGGAGCUUUUAAGGGAUUUGGCAGUGAUUUGUAGAAUCUCACUGAUGUAAUGUUGUGCAUUUCUCCACUUUCCCAGGAUUUUGCUGUGGUAAUACACUCUCAAGCCUAAGAAGUCGGUGUUUUUAUUUUUUAUUUAUAAAUCACAACUACCUCUCUUUUAGACCACUGUUUACAAUGUGUUCUGGCCAUUUUUGAGAGUGCACUACACAGCGGCUAUCUGAGAUGGUAGAGGAUUUACUUUCAGUGAGCAGUGAAGAGCAUUGCCUCUAGAUAUAUAAUUACAUUUUGGACUAUGGAUGGAGACCUAUGUCAAAGAGCUCAUGUGAUGGAUAAUAUCAAUGCUGGCUGAUGAAGACUGGACAGGUUUCAAUGGUAGAAGGAGUGGCCUGGUGCUAUCAGUACCUUUGCUGGUCAUCAAUAUGACAUCAAAAGCCCACUCAACACAUCAGCGCUGCUGGCUUGGUUCCCCACAUGGAUACAGAAUAUGGCCUGGGCUACUGUGGGUUCUGUUCAUAGGUAUCAGCCCAAGAUCAUGGGCCCAGGAGGGCGCCCAGCCUCAGUCCAUCAAAAUCGAGGGCGACAUCACCUUGGGUGGAUUGUUUCCAGUGCAUGCUCGAGGGCCCGCUGGGGUACCUUGUGGCGAGAUCAAGAGAGAAAAGGGGAUCCAUCGACUGGAAGCCAUGCUGUAUGCCUUGGACCAGAUCAACAGUGACCCAGACCUGCUGCCUAACAUCACCCUGGGAGCUCGGAUCCUGGACACCUGCUCUAGAGACACCUACGCCCUGGAGCAAUCGCUUACUUUUGUCCAGGCGCUCAUUCAGAAGGAUACCUCAGAUGUGCGCUGCUCCAAUGGAGAGCCUCCAAUCAUACCCAAACCAGAGAGGGUGGUUGGGGUAAUCGGGGCAUCUGGCAGCUCGGUGUCGAUCAUGGUGGCAAAUGUGCUCAGACUGUUUGCGAUCCCCCAGAUCAGUUAUGCUUCCACUGCCCCGGAGCUGAGCGACAACAGCCGCUAUGAGUUCUUCUCUCGUGUGGUGCCCCCUGAUUCCUACCAGGCCCAGGCCAUGCUGGACAUUGUCAAAGCCAUGGGCUGGAACUACGUUUCCACACUGGCCUCAGAGGGCAACUAUGGAGAAAGCGGCGUUGAUGCCUUCCUCCAGAUAUCCAGAGAAGCAGGAGGGCUAUGUAUUGCACAGUCAAUAAAGAUUCCCAGAGAGCCCAGACCAGGGGAGUUUGAUAAAAUCAUCAAGAGAUUGAUGGAGACCUCUAACGCUCGUGGUGUCAUCAUCUUUGCCAACGAGGAUGACAUCAAACGGGUGUUGCAGGCUGCCAGAAAGGCCAACCUUACGGGGCACUUUCUGUUUGUUGGCUCCGAUAGCUGGGGGGCCAAAAACUCUGCAAUUGAGGACCAGGAGGAGGUGGCUGAGGGAGCUGUCACCAUCCUUCCAAAAAGAGCCUCUAUUGAUGGGUUCGACCAGUACUUCACUUCACGGUCUCUAGAAAACAACAGAAGAAACAUCUGGUUUGCAGAAUUCUGGGAGGACGACUUCAAGUGCAAACUAACCCGCCCUGGUGUAAAAUAUGAACCUGAUAGAAGAAAAUGUACAGGUGAAGAAAGAAUCAGUCGAGACUCGCAGUAUGAACAGGAGGGCAAAGUGCAGUUUGUAAUCGAUGCUGUAUAUGCCAUGGCCCACGCCUUACACAGCAUGCACAUGGAUCUGUGCCCUGGCUCCACGAGUGUCUGUGAGAAGAUGGACCCUGUGGAAGGACGGGUCCUCCUUCAAUACAUUCGCUCUGUCAGUUUCAAUGGCAGUGCAGGAACUGGAGUAAUGUUCAAUGAGAAUGGAGAUGCUCCUGGGCACUAUGACAUCUUCCAGUACCAACUCUAUAAUGUCAGCAAUCCUGGCUACAAGGUUAUAGGCCAAUGGACAAACCACCUCAGACUCAAUCCAGAGGAGAUGCAGUGGUCAGGUGGUGACCAUAAGAUCCCUGAGUCGGUGUGCAGCUUUCCUUGCAAGCCCGGUGAGAGGAAAAAGAUGGUGAACGGUGUCCCCUGCUGCUGGCACUGUGAGCUCUGUGAUGGCUACCAGUAUGUGCUGGAUGAGUUCACCUGCGACAUGUGCCCCUUUGACAUGAGGCCCUUAAAGAAUCACACGGGCUGCCGACCCACACCCAUUAUCAAGCUGGAGUGGAGCUCUCCUUGGGCCAUCAUUCCCGUAUUCUUCGCCAUCCUAGGUAUCCUGGCCACCACUGGAGUCAUUGUUACCUUCAUCCGCUUCAAUGACACGCCCAUUGUCCGGGCUUCUGGCAGAGAGCUCAGCUAUGUGUUGCUGACAGGCAUCUUCCUCAUCUACCUCAUCACCUUCCUCAUGAUAGCUGAGCCCAGUGUGGCAGUGUGUUCUUUACGCAGGCUACUGCUGGGGCUCGGCAUGUGCAUCAGCUAUGCUGCCAUGCUCACAAAGACCAACCGGAUCUACCGCAUCUUCGAACAGGGGAAGAAGUCAGUCACACCUCCUAAGUUCAUCAGCCCCACAUCUCAGCUGAUUAUCACCUUUAUACUCAUCUCUGUGCAGUUACUUGGUCUCUUCAUCUGGUUUGGUGUGAUUCCACCACACACCAUCAUCGACUAUGAGGAGCUGAAGCCUCCAAACCCAGAGCUCGCCCGUGGACUGCUCAAGUGCGACAUAUCUGACCUGUCCCUCAUCUUAUGUCUGAGCUACAGUAUUGUACUGAUGAUCACUUGUACAGUGUAUGCAAUCAAGAGCAGAGGAGUUCCUGAGACCUUCAAUGAGGCCAAGCCCAUUGGCUUUACCAUGUACACAACAUGCAUCAUCUGGCUGGCCUUUGUGCCCAUCUUCUUUGGCACAGCACAGUCAACUGAGAAGAUGUUCAUCCAGACCACCACCCUGACAGUGUCCAUGAGCUUGAGCGCCACAGUGUCCCUGUGCAUGCUCUACGUCCCCAAGGUCUAUGUCAUCAUCUUCCACCCAGAGCAGAACGUCCAGAAGAGAAAGCGUAGCUUCAGAGCUGUCGUACAGGCAGCCACUGUGUCCACACGCCUAUCCCAGAAGUCCAAUGACAAACAUAACGGAGAGUCCAAGGGCGAGAUGGACAGAUCUCAGUGAAAUAUCACAAAUGAAACUCCCAUGUUUCCAUCACCUAGUAUCACAAGGCAAUACAGUGAUAGCUGAGGAUCCAAAAUUAUAGGGGAAAAAAAAAUCAGCAUUUAAUUUUAACCUGGAUUGUCUCUUUAAAUAGGAAAUGUGGACUGAAAUGCCAGCAAUACAUUGCUGGAUGUUGUUUCUUCUCAUGCUUAUUUAGAUUUCUCAGAGCUACUAAACCUAGAACAAAGCACAAAAACAAACAAAUGUACAUUUACACAUGGACUGGGAUGGUGUUGCACCAUCCUGAAAGAACUGCAAGCAAAAUUGUAUUAAUAUUUGUAACAACACCCACAUUUUCCUCUUAUAACUGACAAGGAGGUACCGUUAUUAACUCAGCGUGGAAAAUGCUGUUCAUGAAAAAAAAAAAUGUUAAGCUUAAGUGGUGACCUCUGCCCUAAGGGAAGAGCUCAGGGCUGAUGAAAUGCUACCGUUUACUGGAUCCAAAAAACACUGCAUGUAUUGUUUUAUGAGCACAUGACUUUUUUGAAAUACUGUUUGCAUGGGAUGUUGUGAUUAUUUUUUCUGAUUGCACUGGAAGGAAGUAGCAGUUAAAAAUGCCCAGUUACUAUUUCUAAAAGGCCCUGGGAAGGUGCAAAUAACCGCUAAACUAUGAGGCUCAGAGGUCAGUUUAUAUGGCACCAUGUCAAAAUAACAGACAAGUUACUGUCAUGUUAAGAAAGCUUCACUCUGUAAGCUUUAUUUGAUUUUGUGCCAUGAAAAGCUUCUACACUACAAGAAAACAUUACACUUCAUUUACCAUGAGCUAACUCUGAGAAUGAACAGGAGUCCCUUGUCUGCACUGUACUUCUUGUUAGUUAAUCACAACGUCCAACUCAGGUUUAGUGUUCUUCUUCAGGAUUAUUACGCUCUGUACUGGCACGGCCGUUUCACUACAAAUUAAUUCAGUCUGUGCAGUCACUAUGUGCAGUGCAUUUUUUCUCACUGUGAAAAAAGGCUGCAAGGUUCAUGCCCUCAUGUGAAAAGCAUUAUACUGCCCUCUAUAGGAGAGCACAACUCAAGUCAAGUGUUUGUCAUAUGCACAGUGAGGAAAUGUUUCCCUGUACAAUGAAAUUCUUACUUUGC